AUGAGAGCUAGCUUCACACCGAGCGGCUAACCAGGUAGUGAACAUCUCUGGACCUUUUCACGACACCUGUCCGUCAGAGGUAAAAGUCCACGUCUCCUGUGACUGCCGGGCUGCGCAACUAAACUUUAAACAUGACCAAGCACGAGUUUGAGGUGGCGAUGACCUGUGAGGGAUGCUCCGGAGCUGUAACCAAAGUCCUCAACAAGCUGGGAGAUGUGAAGUUCGAGAUCGACCUUCCUAAGAAGCUGGUCUGGAUCGAGUCUGACAGAGACGUGGAGGUUCUCAUGGAGACGCUGAAGAAAUGUGGAAAGGAGGUCAAGUACAACGGCACUAAAUGAAGGAAUCUGCUUCACGUAGAACAGGAAAUCAUUUCUGCCGAUGGAAAGUGAAGAUUCAUCCUGGAAUUCAAAUCUCUUGACCUGUCAGGAGGAGUCUGAUGGAUCCUAAUGACCCUCCCCCUCCACACACAAACACACACACACACACACGCGCACACACUUUUAGAUGCUGAACUGCUCACACGCACAAUCUGAGUGUUGUGAUUUACAAACCAACCCGAACAUGCUGAUGUGAGUAUUUAUCCUUGUGAGUAAAGAGGAGGAAAGUGAAUCAUAUUUGUCGUUUUCACAUCUUUAUGUUUGUAUGUGUAAAAGACACAGACAUUCCCUGGAUGGAACACACUGCAGACUGCUGCCUCAGUGUGUGUGUGUGUGUGUGUGUGUGUGUGUGUGUGUGAGAUCUGUCCGCUGGACUUGAUCACAGUUUUGAUGUAGUAAUUCCCUGAGAUAAACGCAUCAUAUGGAGCUCUCGCUGCUUCCCUCCGUCUGUCUGUUACUUUGGGAAAAGAUAACCAACCUCAGCUUUUCUAACUGUCUGUCAUGGAGAAAUAAAAUCAGUGCUGCCUCAGAAGGUCA